CCGUUCGAGGUCGUUGAAGGUCAAUUAUUUAGUGUGUCAAUAUGGCUCCUCUCGCUGCAAGAGGCCAUAUUCCCAAGUUUUCCUGGUCUGGUCUUGGCCUAUAAAAUGUAUGAAUCACUCACUCAUUGGAGGGUGCUCCUGCAAUGGCAAUCCAACUUGGCCUUCCACCAUUUCUGUCAAAGAAGCAGCUCAUGUACACAGUGGGUAAUGCAGCUCCCCAAAUGGGAUUGCGUAAUUUCAUGCUUCUCAGAUCUCUCCAUGGCAAAAAGAGGAGAAUUGGUUUGAUUGUGGCGGAAUCACUAGACAAUGUGAAUAGUGCCUCUGGUAGUUGGGGUGCCAAUUUAAGACAAGGAGCGCCUCCUUGUGCCAGUGACAUUGUCUGGCCUGCAGCAGGGGCAUUUGUGGCAAUGUCCAUCAUGGGACAUGUGGACAAGAUGAUUGCACCUAAAGGGCUGCAAUUGACUAUUGCACCCUUUGGUGCUGUCUGUGCGGUGUUGUUUAGUACUCCAGCAGCACCAGCUGCACGGAAGUACAACAUGUUUGUAUCUCACAUUGGCUGUGCACUUCUUGGAGUGAUUGCACUCACUAUUUUUGGCUCAGGUUGGAUUGCACGCAGCGUUGCAUUGGCUGCAUCUGUGGCAUUCAUGUUAUACACCGGUUCUUUGCAUCCUCCUGCUGCCGGUUUGCCAUUACUUUUAAUUGAUGCACCAAAGUUUCAGCAUCUACAUUGGUGGUACUCCAUAUUCCCUGGAGCUGCGGGUUGCAUUUUGUUAUGUCUGUUGGGUUUGGGCGGGGAUCGAAGUAACAGGGGAUUGUUCAUACUUCACAUAUAGUACUUUCAAGUUUAAACAACUUUGAGCCUGAAAACAAGAGGUGGUGACAUUUUUGAAAAGCAAUUACAAGUUCUGAGGACUGUGGAUAUAUUAAAAUUCAGACCCGCAGUAUGAAAUCCUGAACGUUUUCCUUUUCUAUUUUUUUGGGACAAUUUUACCACCAAUAGUCCUCAGGUAGUCCUUGUGGACAGUGUUAGUCCCUAUGCAAGGGUAAAGAAAAUGAAAAAGUUACAUUUGUCUGUAAUAUUUAUCUUCUUUGGUGGAACUUCCCUAGAUUUAUCUUAUUUUAUGUUAAGUUGGUGAAUCCCAGGGGUCAAACCUUCACUUAUCAAGACUCCAAAUUCAAAGCUCUGUGGUGGAGAAAAUUUCCAUCAAGGGAACUGAUUCACGAGCAGCUGGAAGCUAGGGAAUCUUGGUAGAAAGAACUACACCAGCCCUUCCAAUUCCAAAUGCCCAUUAGUUUCAUCCUUGGGCACACAACAAGUGGAUUUCCCGUGCAUAAUUAAUAUGGUCUGCAUGUACUAUUCUAUUCAAGUAAGCUAAUGAAGGUUACUCAGUGAACUGUCCUUAGAGACUGCUUUUAAAAAUUA